AUGUCUGUGGCGACGAUAAAUCGGGACACGGCUUUUCAGGUCCGGUCCUUGUUCCGCUCUCUGUUGCGUCAGUCGUCACAGUUCUCCCACUAUAACUUCCGGGAGUAUGCUCGCCGGAGGACAAGGGACGCAUUCCGCGAACAUCAGAAGGAAACCGAGGAGCGGAAGAUCCAGGAGUUGAUACAGGAGGGUCUGAAGAAUUUGCGGAUGAUGAAGCAAUCAGUCAGUUUUACCAGCUGGACAAGCUGGUUGUUGAAGGGCAGAAAACGGGGAAAGAAACCGGCAACAAAGGCGAAAUCGUUCGCCAGAAGGAUACGGAGUGCUAGACAUGUCAUUUAUCAUCCUCUGAAAAGCUCUUGCAGCACAUGCUUGGACAUGGACUGCGGCAGUGCAAACAUGGAAGUUUGGGUCACGUGGUUUCUGCAGCCUCCGCAAAGGCUCCGUAUCCGCAUCCGCUUCCAAGUCGCGCAAAGCCAGCGAUCCAGCACUACAGACGCGCUGCUUCUCUCGGCGCAUUCACCUUUUGGUGGUACAUUGUGGAGAGACAUAUUGUGCGCUGAGUCCCGCUCUAUUUCGCUUUCCUAUCAUAGAAACAAGCAAGUCCUUGUGGCAAUAAUUGAAGAAUACGUAUUCGUUUCUGAGCGUCUGCCGCGCCUCCCAAGCUCGGCAUCAUGGCUCCUACCAUCCUCCCGAUCGGGUCGCCAGUUUGCCGACAACACUGUCAACCGCAACCGCCAAGGACAGGUUGACCAUGAUGUCUUCGAGGGCUUACCCGUGCGCCGCUGGGCGCGCCAGCCAUAUACCUUCUCCCAGGAUCCUAAAUUGGACGUCCCUGACUCCAGCGCCGACGACGGCGGUUCAAAUCAAUAUUUUCCGGAACUUCCCAUGCCAAAGGACAGCCAUCUACUAUCACCGAUGAGUCGGGCCCUCCUUCGUGCGGCGCGCGCAGGCUGUAUUUACCUUCGCCAUGUCAACAGUGAAACUGAAGAGGACGACAAGGAGACUACAGAGGCUGGAGAAACGGCCCCUGCCACGAGGGUGGAGCGAAGCUUCACAGCGCGCAAAUGGACGGCCGUCCCUAAACACAUGGAACCUCCAGAAGUGGAAUUUCUGGCCAAGAGGAGACCGGGGUUGCCUUCUCUAUAUGGUGCCUCUGGCACAUUGAAUGCCAACAACCGUCCACCGAUGAGGAAGACAAAGAUCAAGAAGGUCGAUCCGACUACAGGCGAGGUCUCGGUUUACGAGGUCUGGGUUCCUGAGGGGCAUACAGUAGAGGGAGAAAUCAAGGAUGAUGCUGAGGCUUCGCCCGAGCAGAAGGAGGCUACCGCGACGACAGAAACACCUGCUCCUGGGACCACCGCAGAAGUGGUUGGUGUCACCAACGCUGACGGUGCUGUUGCCGCUAGUGAAGAUGCAAAUACGGUAGAAUCCCCAAGCAAACGGCGAGGCCCUCCACCACCGAAACGCAAGGGGAAGGGAGCCGGCAAAGGCCGUAGGAAGAGGGUGAUGUUUGCCCCUGGCGAGGGUGCUGAUGCGGCUAUGGUACACGGUGCGGAUGGGGCUGGAGAUGAACGCAUGCCCGUUGACGGGGAGCAGUUCGAGGAAGAGGAAGAAGAAGAAGGCGAGGAGGGCGAGGAGGGUAUGAAAGAAGAAGAUGCUGCCCUAGAAGCGAAAUCUCCAAGCAUUGCUCUGCCAGACUCAGGCACAACAUCCGUGACGGAACAAGCUGCUGCGCCAGUUGAGCCUUCUGCUGAAAAUCAACCUUCAACUUCUGAUCAACAGCCACCCGUUACGGCACUGCCACCAGAGAAGCCGUCUUUGGAGGCUGCACCAGCUCCCUCUCAGGAAAUACCGGUCCCAAAUGGCACCGACGUCGUGUCUACCUCAGUUCAAAAUGCUGCAGACACAGAAAGCCAACAAUCUCUGCAAGAGUUGCAGCAAUCUAAACCACCUUCGCCUCCGGGUUCAGCGGCACCUCCCACAUUAGAGCCUUCACCGGUUGUUGGAACAACGACUAAUGAUGAAGUUCCUGGAAGUGCACCUGAUAAUGUACAAAUAUCUCAGAACGCAGAACCUGUCGCUGAGCCUGCGCCGGACGCAAUGGAGGGCGUCGAGCAGACCCAUACGACAGAAAAUCUAACCGUUCCAGAACAAGCUCCAGCGCUUGAAAAGGCGGACGUUCCAGGGGUUGUGGAACAAACGACAACAACCGGAAACCAAGAAGCAGUGGAAACGGCGGGUGAAGUUUUGUCACAGGCUCCAGCUCCAAUUACAACUGCUGAGGUUGCCUCCGCGCCCGUUGUUUCGGAGGCCAUCUCCCAGCCGGUUCCUGGGGUUAGUGCCGAGGGAAAUGUCGACCUUUUGGGCACUCUCGAGGCGAGUCUAGGGGAGGAGAAAGUGAAAGUUUCUCCUGAACAGGGUGGAACGACUGGAUCAGCGUCCGCAGAACAAAACCUGCCUCAGACCACUGCAGUCUUACCUGCACCGGAAUCAGCUUCAGCUACAGCUCCAGCCGCGCCACCAGCACCAGCACCGGCAGUCUCUGAAGAGGUAAAGGCGGAACCAGCACAAACCAGCGAACCGCAACUUCAGCCUCAACCUGGACCAGGACCUGUGCCUGAACCAGUGACCAAGGAGGGUGCUGUCGCUGAAGAAAAGAAAGAAGAGCCGGAAGCGUAA